AUGCUCUCCACGAUAGAGGAGCACUACCCGAUUGGGUCCAAGCCGAGUCUACAUUAUAUUCCCUACCUAAUAUUCAUUUCGUAUAUUGUGAGCUUGAUCGGAGCGUUCACGACGGUUGAGCUUCUUCAUCGACGAGUCUCUGGAUCAGGAUGGCGCGGCUGGCUACAGCUAGGUGCUUGUUCAGUAUCCUUCGGACUGGUGGCAAUCUGGUGCAUGCACUUUGUGGGUAAUCGUGCAAUAAUUCUCGGAGGAGGUGAGAGCGAGAUCCAGCUCUACUACAACGCGACAUACACAACCGUCUCGGCGAUUCUACCGAUCGUUGUGAUUUUCCUGGGCCUUUUAGCUGCUGAUCGAUUCCACAAGAACAACAGGAACGCGACAACACGCUAUGUAUCGUUACUGAUAUGCGGCAUCAUGUGCGGAGCCGCUGUGACAGAGAUGCAUUACCUGGGCAACCAAGGAACAACCAACUAUCGACUGAAGCCUCUUCCAGAAUACAUUGUUGGAGCUGCUGCUAUAGCAAUUGGUGCUUGUCUGAUCGCUUUCGGCUUGUUCUUCCACUGGAGCGGACAUUGGAUGAACAACAUCUGGCGCCGAAUCAUUGUUGCUUGCUUCUUGGCCGUCGCGGUCUGCGGCAUGCAUUGGACGGCUGCAGCAGGCACACAUUAUGAGCUUCGUGGAUAUCACCAGGGAUCUGGGAGUGCGCGCAACACAAACGUUAUCAUUGCCGUGUGCUUAUGUUUGGCUGCUUGUGGACUAUGCUUCGCAAUGGGCUUCAUCAAACAGCGACAAGAGAAGAAACAGCGUGAUCGCGCCAAACAGGUUGUGCUUGCGGUCGCCACCUUCGACACCGAAGGCAGACUUCUUGUUACGCCUGGAGGUUUAUUGCCUUGCCAGACCAUCACCAGGCAAUUUCACCAGAGGACGUUCGACGAAGAGUUCAACACACGACACCCUGUCUUCCAGUGGCUUUUCCGGGUGUCUCGACACUGGGGAGGUAUCGUAGACCUCAUCCCUGCGAUGCGCGACCACCUUCAACACACCGGGUACUUGCAGGUCAGCACCCCUUUAGGCAACCAUAGCCGAGACUCUAUGGGGACUGAAGAAGGUGACUCUACCUACUCUGCCGUCUUCCGCCAAAUGUUUUGCGUCACAGCCCAGGAUAUUGCAAGGAGCAUGGAGACGAGACUACAAGACCUUGGUCAACUCUACGAGGAUGUCCUCACCACGGGUACUUUGCUCUCAAGAACCAUUUUCAAGGAUAGUCAAGGGCGGCCCAUCAUUGCGAGCGACGUCGUUGCGCCGCAGAAAGAUGUAGAAGCUGGUCUGAACCCCGUCUUGUUCGGCCGAGGACAGCUUCUUGUCCUGACACGCAAGGUCGACAAAGAAGAAGCGGACCGACUUCAGAACAUCGGUUAUCGUUUCGCCAGCACCAAUCAGAUCGGGGACCACCUCGCUCGAAGCAUGCAGAUAUCGCGCCAGGAUCUCAACGGACUCAUUGUUCGCUUACAGACUUACUGCGAGAAACGGUUGACCAUUCCCAAAUCUGGGACCUACCUUGCCUCGUUCCUGCUGCAGCCAUCUCCUGUAAUGAAAGGGAUCGAUGUCAUUGUGUCGAAGACAUCUCCCGACCGACUUCCCAUGGUGAAGUUCAUGCCGAAUGACCCGACCCCGAGGCAACUAAGACUGUUGUCUACUUUCAACGGUCUUACUCUAGACGAAUGUCUAGCUCGCAUCAAUUCUCGCUCCGGAUCAGUCAGCGAAGAUGAGAUCUUCAUGGAAAAGUUCCGUAAUCACAUUCAAGAGCUGGUCGCGCAAGUACCCGAGCCGGCCCUUCGCCAUGCUACCUUCUCAUCUCACCAACUCGACAUUGCGCAUGGCGUCCGAGGACAAAAUGAGGCAUUAACAGCCACACUAUUUGCAUUUUGCGGAAUUAAAGAAGUGUAUAGCCAAUCUCUCCAGAGCGAGAAGCUGCAAUACAUCCCGCUUUCGUUCUUCAAGACGAAUCUGAGAAGUUAUCCUGGCUGUCCAGACCAUGCUAUACUGGCGCAACAGAACCACAAGGAGUUUGGCUCACUCUUUGCCGUUGCGGGCGAGCCAGCGAUGCCAGCAUCAAACAGCGGCGCAAAGUGGACCAGUUUCUUCCAUAGCAAAGGCAGGGCCAUGUCCGAGGUCACAGUUCCCACUGACAAUAGCUCGGAGAAAGGCCUCGUUCACAUCUCGGAGACGGCUUUGAAUGCCCCAAGUAACACAGGGUUUGGAGGCAUCAUGGUCAGCCAAGAGGUUGUCAUCAGCCAGGACGCAGGCGUGUCACAGAUCGAGCUACAGGAGAUGGGAGUGCGGUCACAAGCUGGCGUGGGCGACAGCGAGCAGCUCACCAUGGCGGACCGCCUUCUUUCCAUCACGACGUCUUUCCGAGACCCUCAUGCCAGGAUGCUGGCAAAAGACCACACUGUUCGGCGGUAG